GCUGAUUCAAAGACAGAAGGGAGAAAAUUUCAACCAGUUGUGGCUGACGUUCAAUGCACCAAUCAGAAAAUGCAUUACAACUGUGCUCCAGCCAAGAGAAGAACAUGAGGCUUUCCGGCAACUGCUAGCAGUCAGGAAAUUGCCCUGUCAGGAAAACUGUGGUUUCUUUAAACUGCUGUCUGCGUCCCCACUGCUAGCUAAUAUCAUAUUUCAAUUUGGACACACUUGUUGAAAAUGCAGAGUGAGAAGCAGGAUCCAGUAAAUUACUAUGUUGGGAUUGAUGUUGGAACAGCAAGUGUUCGUGCGGCUUUGAUAGACCAGUUUGGGUCGGUAGUGGCACAUGCAGAUCAGCCAAUUCAAAUGUGGGAACCUCAAACUGACCACUAUGAGCAAUCCUCUGAUGACAUCUGGGCUGCCUGUUGCACAGUCACAAAGAAAGUCGUCCGAGGAGUAGACGUUGCUUGGAUUCGAGGGCUUGGUUUUGAUGCUACAUGUUCACUUGUUGUGAUGGAUAAGCAGUUUCGGCCCUUGGCAGUUAAUUAUGAAGGGGAAUGUAAAAGAAACAUCAUUAUGUGGAUGGACCAUCGUGCAGUCAGUCAAGUGGACAGAAUCAAUGGAACUCAACAUGGUGUUUUGAGCUAUGUUGGGGGAGUGAUGUCUGUAGAAAUGCAGCCGCCUAAAUUGCUGUGGCUGAAAGAAAACUUGAGAGAGUCUUGCUGGGAAAAGGCAGGCUACUUCUUUGAUCUACCAGAUUUCUUAUCAUGGAAAGCAACAGGUGUCACUGCAAGGUCUCUCUGUCCAUUGGUGUGCAAAUGGACAUAUUCCCCAGACAAGGGCUGGGAUGAGAGUUUCUGGAAGGUGAUUGGUUUAGAAGAUUUGGUGGCAGAUAAGUAUGAAAAAAUAGGAAACCAAGUCCUGUCUCCUGGAGCUUCUGUUGGAAAAGGCCUAACGCCAGAGGCUGCAAAAGACCUCGGUCUUGUUGAAGGGACUGCAGUAGCAGCAUCUCUUAUUGACGCACAUGCUGGAGGACUAGGAGUAAUUGGAGCAGAUGUGAAAGGACAUAAUCUGCCCUGUGAAAAUCAGCCAAUUACAUCCCGACUAGCUCUGAUCUGUGGAACAUCUUCCUGUCACAUGGGGAUAAGUGAUGCUCCCAUUUUUGUACCUGGUGUUUGGGGGCCUUACUACUCAGCCAUGGUGCCUGGAUUCUGGUUGAAUGAGGGAGGCCAAAGCGCUACCGGAAAACUGAUCGAUCAUGUAGUCCGAGGUCACAUUGCUUUCCCAGAGUUACAAGCAAAAGCUGCAGCCAGUGCUCAAAAUAUAUAUACAUACUUGAACAGUCACCUGGAUCUGAUUAAGAAAUCUUUGCCUGCGGGUUUCCUCACUGUUGAUUUACACGUUUGGCCAGAUUUCCAUGGUAACCGAUCUCCUUUAGCAGAUCUGACACUGAAGGGCAUGGUUGUUGGACUGACGUUGUCUCAGGGCCUUGAUGAACUUGCUCUUAUCUAUUUGGCCACAAUUCAAGCCAUUGCUUUGGGAACAAGACAUAUUUUGGAAACUAUGGAGUCUGCAGGACAUCACAUCAGCACCCUGUUUCUCUGUGGUGGGCUGAGCAAGAACUCCCUCUUUGUGCAGAUGCAUGCUGACGUUACUGGAAAGCCCAUUGUGCUGUCCAAAGAGGUGGAGUCUGUUUUAGUUGGUGCUGCUAUUCUAGGAGCUUGUGCUUCUGGCGAUUUCGCUUCUGUACAGCCAUGUUUUAAAGGGACAGGCACCCUGCCAGUCGUUUGUGACAGGAAGUCAGCCAGAGCACACGACUCUUCCUGUCCCACAGGAUCCCAGCCCUGUCACAGGGAGGCACUUACAGGGAGACUUCUGAGGACCCACUCAGGGGCUCCAAACGCCGGGCACCGGCAUGGUCAGGGCCAGAAAUCAAGAGUCUUCUGGAGCUGUGGUCUGAGAAGGAAUCCUUGCAAGCCCUCCACUCAUGCCGCAGAAAUGUGGAAAUUUAUGGCCGCAUGACCCAGGCACUGGCCUGGAGAAGGCACCACCCCCGCACCCAGGACAAAGUGUGGGCUAAAGUUAAAGAAUUGCACCAGGAGUAUGCAAAGGCCCGAGAUGAGAGCUCCCACUCUGGGGCAGCCCCACACUACUGUCCAUGCUAUGUGGAGCUGGCACACAUUCUCGGCAGUAGGGAAGCCCAGACUCCACUGCGUCUCGUGCAGUCUGGGUUAUCAGACCCUGUCAUGGAGGAACCAGAGUGGGAGCAUGAGCAGUCCAGGGAAUCUGGAGAGCAAGACCUGGUG